AUGGCCACUCCUGGCGGCCCAUCCCCCCAGCAAAUCGCUGCCAUGCAGCAGCAGUUCGCCGCCGAAGCCGCUAAACGAGGACUGACCCCCGAGCAGUUCGCCCAGCAACAGCGCGAGCAACUGGCCGGAGAGGCACAAAAGCAUGGCCUUACCACGGAACAGUAUCUCGCGCAGCUCAGAGCGCGCGCUAUCGCCGCCCACCAGAAGCAGUUGGAGCUGCAGCAACAGGGUCAACCGUCGACACGGCCUCCGACGCAGCAGCCGGGUCAGCAGCAGACUACUACGCAGGUACCGGUGAACCCUAAUAACCCGCCGGAUCCGAAGGCUGUUGCUGUUGCACAGUUUCUGCGGUCGCAGAAUCUUAAGCCUAGGACGUGUAUUAUGGAUGGGCAGCGGAAAGAUAUGUUCAAAGUGAAACGUGCAAUUCGCGCGAUUGAAUCCCCCGCCUACGCCAAAGCCGCCGCAAAGAAGAACUCCCUCCUCCCCCCUGUGACAGACCGCGCCUCCGCAGAGAACGUUUUCAAGCUCCUCCCGCUCUCGCUCCUCGCUCUCCGAGUCUCCAAGGUCGACCCGCACGCGGGCCACAACCACGCGAAGCCCAAGAACCGAGUGAAGGGACUUUGGACCGUGAAAAUCGAACAGCACCAAGAAACCGAUUCGAUGAUGCACUACGUCUGGCUCUAUGAAGGGCCGCAAUGGAAGCAGAAGGCUAUGGCCGCGGCCGUUGUGGCUGGUAUUUUCGCUGUGGUUCUUUUCCCGCUGUGGCCUAUGAUGUUGCGACAGGGAGUGUGGUAUCUGAGUGUGGGCAUGAUGGGCUUGCUGGGAUUGUUCUUCGCCAUGUCGAUCUUCCGUCUGAUUCUGUUCUGCAUCACGGUGUUUGCGGUACCGCCUGGUCUGUGGCUCUUCCCGAACUUGUUCGAGGACGUUGGGUUCUUUGACAGUUUCAAGCCUUUGUGGGGAUGGCAAGAGACCAAGAAAAAGAAGUCCAAGAAAUCCGUCAAAGGCGAAGCGCCCCAAACAGCCACCAACGAGACAACAUCGGCCACGACUACCGCGACACCAGCCGCGGAUACUUCAGGUACCGUGAAGCGCGAUCUAGCUCCGAAGGUGGAAGAGGCGGAUGAGUGA